AUGCUUUGCGCCGAAGGUCACUUCACCACUGCGCGGUGCGAACCGCUGCCCUGUGGCUUUCCCAUCGUCCGCGGGAGUGGCGACCUGUCCAUUUGUGAUGGCUAUCCCAGUGGAUCCAUCUGUGAGCUCAGCUGCGCCUCGGGCUAUGUGAAGUCUGGUGCCAACCUCCGCUGUGAGCGUGGCCUUUGGAGCGAGGCCUCCUGCUGGCCAUGGCGAGGCUGUGGCGAGCCACCCAAAAUACAGAAUGCUCGUGGAGCCCAGUUGCAAGACUGCAUCAACCUGGAGCGGAACGAUACCUGCCCGGCCUUCCAUUGCGAUUUGGGCUUUCAGGCUCAUGGUGCGGAGGCUCUCCGUUGCUUGCCGCGUGGCUUCUUCUCCCGCCCCCUUUGCCAGCCGAGCGUGUGCGCGGAAGCGCCGCUCGAUGUGCCGCACGCGGAGAAGCUGGGAAGCUGCAAAGGCACCGCUAGUGGUGGCAUUUGUCGCAUUUCCUGUGAGCCAGGUUAUGCCCCGGUCGCGGCCUUGCACUGCCUGACUGGCGCCUUCAUUCACACCAGCUGUGAGCCUUUGUCAGGCCCACUGUCGCUGGCCUUGGAUGAAACCAUGCUCCUGGCUGUGCACUUGCGUUUGCCGUAUAGCAGCUGGGAGAACCUGCAGGUGAACCACCCGAAGCUCCGCAGCGCCCGCUUGGCGCGCGCCUUAUCCAAGCAGUGUGGCUUGCCGAGUUGGCGCCUGGUCGCCAAGGCAUCAAGGCCCUUCUCCAUGACAAGUACCGUCUUGGAUCUUCUUCUGCUCCCAGCGAACUUCGGGGCCCAUCAGUAUUCCAACAUGUCCGCGGCCCAAGCACUGCAACGUGCUAAGCUGGCGCUGAAGGUGCCUGAGAAGCUGCUCAGGCAGGUCUUGUCCUUCCCUGGCGGAAAGGAGAUUGGCGUCGAGCGAUUGGAGGUGGUGAGUCGCACCGUGGGGAGGAUGUGUGUUCAUCCUCCUGUGGUCGAGCACGCCCACGAUCUCAGCCCAUGUGCGUUUACCUUGAGUGGUCACCUGUGCCCCUUGGUCUGUGAGGCCGGCUUUGUACAUAGUGGAAGCCUGGCGUGCCAGGAUGGAGAAUGGUUGCGUCCUCACUGCGAAGAGAUCUCCUGUGACAAAAAGCCAGAUGUGGAGAAUGCCGAGGACCUCUCGCAUUGCGCCAACAGCGCCUCGGGGUCGCUGUGCGGCUUGGAGUGCCAGGCAGGCUAUCUCAGGACUGGUGACCUUGAAUGUCAUCGAGGUGCUUGGGUCGGAGGAGAAUGCCGUCCAAAACGCUGCAGGCAUGUGCCUCGUGUGCUGCAUGCGGACCAGCAUGCCCUGAGCCGGUGUCGCAACUUAGAAUCUGGCUCUGAAUGCACCUUGCAGUGUGAAGCCGGCUUUUUGCCCACAGGUACUGGGAAGCUGCAGUGUCAUUUGGGCAACUUCAGGUUGCAGAGUCUUUGUGAACCAGCAGCUUGUCACCAGAUGCCCAAGGUGCGGAACAGCGCUUCCAACCUGGCAGAGUGCAGUGGCCUGGAGCACAGCACCACCUGCGACUUCAAGUGCUCAGAUGGUUACCAGAAGGUCGGGAUGCUGCAAUGCUUCCACGGUCGCUUCACCUCCGCAAGGUGUGAGCCAGCAGACUGCAAGGAGCCACCCCAGAUCGAAGGCCUCUCUGAACACGAGGCUCUCCGCUGUGUGCCCCGCCGCUCGGGCCAAAGCUGCAACGCCACCUGCGACUUCCCCAUGCGGAUGCUGCCGAAGUUGAUCUGCAGUCAUGGCAAGUGGCCGGACGCCAAAUGUGUGCCUUACAGCAACCCUGGUGGGGAAGCUUGUCACAAGAGCCCCGUCCUGGAGCGAGCGGAGCAGUUGGAAUGCACGCAUGGACAGCAUGGGGAUGUAUGCGAGGCCUCCUGCAUUCGCGGAUAUGCCUUAAGCCGUCCAUUGAUGUGCUUGGACAGCCUUUGGUCUUCCUCCAGCUGUGAGCCCUUGUCCUGUGGUGCUCCGCCCACGAUUGCGCACAGCACUUGGCCGAAAUCCUCCUGUGAGGGCCAGGACCAUGGGUCUUUUUGCCCGCUCUAUUGUGAUCCUGGAUACUCCCCGGGUGGAUUGCCAUCCUUGCUUCCUGGAUCUUUAGAUCCCAAAAGCUUGCGCGAUCAGCUGGCGCGGCGGAGCCUUCGCUGCGUCGCGGGCGAAUGGCAAGGCCCCGGCUGCUUGGAGGCCGCUUGUGACCAGCCUCCCGUCAUUCGGAAGGCCACCCCGAAGUCGCUGAAGGCUUGCGCCUCCACGAGAUCUCGGAGCAUUUGCCGUCGGAGCCUUUGUGGGUGCUGUGGCUUUGUGCGGCUUUGUAGGACCACUCUGGGCUGUGAAGGGGGGCAAUCAUUUGAUCGCAGAGAAGCUCUUGGAUUCUUCAAGCGCCCGGUGGAUCCGUGGGAAGGUGCUGCGGAUCGCCCGCUCUUCUGA